AUGAUCAAACCAAGUCUUCUUCCAGUUCUGUUCCUGGGUCUGUCUGCUGCCGCCGCAUUCCAGCACGAAUGGAAAAACGGCGAUUCGGCCACUGGAUUUACAGAUCCAAGUGUAGUCGAUGGGUGCGAGUUUUGGGUCGACAUCGGCUACGAUGACACCUGCGAGGCCAUUGAGGACUAUUUUGGAAUUACAAAGACCCAGUUCCGAACCUGGAAUCCCUCUGUACCACCCUCAUGUACUCUGACCCGUGGCUCGAGCUACUGUGUUGCGGGCCCUGAGGAUAUUGGCUCCUCAUCCAGCACCACUGCUCCUAAUCCAACGCCAGCUGGUACUCUGACAUACUCUGGUACGGCAGCCCCGACGCAGAGUGGCAUCGAUUCUGGCUGCAGCAAAUAUUACCUAGUCAGAAGUGAUGAUACUUGCUAUAUCAUCCAGGACAAAUUCAUGACUUUUACAUUAGAACAAUUUUACUCUUGGAAUCCUUCAAUCUCUACCGGGUGCGGGGGACUUGAGCCCAGCUAUUUUGUCUGUGUUGGGGCCAUGUCCUCUUCGAUCCCUAUAACAAGCACUGGGCCAUCAAGCGCGCCAGGCCACCAGCCACAGCAAACCGGCAUUCCAUCCACCU